UGCACGUCUUCCGUCAAUGCCUUCGCUCGCUGUUCCUUCGACAUAAAGGAUUAUCGUUACUGGACUCGUGCAGAAUUUCUGUCGUGCGUCACUCAUGAAAGUAUUCCUUCGAGCUUCGAUCGUAUUGUACUCUUUGUGCUCAACCGCUGCUAUGGGAUAUAAACCGCAGCUCUACAGCCACAUUAACUUGAACCAGUUCUGCACGGGCGCGGGCGAGGCGAACACCGAGCUUUAUAACGCAUCUUCGCCCAAGUCUUCAGCCAUUGUGGUUGCCACUCAGCGUCGACAGCGACUCGAUAGCCAAGAGAAGUGCGAACAUGAAGUGUCCACCGUUGGAGGAACGGGUCUCAUCAUCACCAUAAUAGAGAUGAAUCUUCGCAAGGGCGCUGCCGAGGGAACAUGCAUCGACUUCCUUCAUUUGGUCACCCGCUUCCUGUUUACGAACGACAACGAUAAGAAGUGUGGCGUCGUCACUCGAGACAACUUUACGGAAUCCACAUCUACCUAUCCGGUCUGCAUCACCCUUUACGUCAAGACACCAGUGUCUUACUUCGUCGAUAAGAACCUUGUGAAGAUUGUUCUGACCAGUUACAUUGAACCACACGAUGGCAAGUGCGAUGCUGGCCUAUUCAAGUGUGACAAUAACCGCUGUAUCUUUAUGGAGUAUCGCUGCGACACUGUCAACAAUUGUGGGGACAACAGCGAUGAGGCCAUGUUUGGACUUUCAGCGUGUGUGAUGCCCAUGCGGUCCCUUAUCCUGAUCGUAUUCGGCGUGACCAACUUCACGAUAACUUGGUGCGCAGUUUUGUACUGCUGCUUGCGCAGCGCGAUUGCUACUGCUAAGAAGUUGCAAGAGGAACGUUGGGGCUCUACAAUGGCACUGACGACAACGGCCCGGGGCAGCAGCGCGCAGGAUGUAACCGUAGAAGGCUUUGUCCAACCAGACGGAGGGGACGCCCUGAGCACCGGACCAAUUGAUUCCACUGCCCGACUUCGUCCAGGAGCAUUCAAAGCCUAAUCAUAUUAUGCGUACAGUUAGUAAGAAAGAUUCUACUUAA